AUUUUUUCAUCAAUGAUGUUUUAUAUCAUUAACACUUGGUAAAAAAAUACAAGAUUUGAAGACAUCAUAAAUUAGUUAUUUCGUUUUAUUUGCCUUGUCGAAUUAUUACUUCCGGUGUAAAAUAACACUUCCGGUAACUGGAUCAGUUUGGAGAAUCACGUUUUUUUUCCUACUGGAAAUGGAAAAUAAGUUCUGUGACAACAUUUAUUUGUAACACGUAAUGAUGGCAUUAUCCAGCAACCACUUUAUUUGACAUCCAGUUAACAUGUCACUUAACUGGGAUGUUCCUUUGAAGAAUGGAAAAGAUGUGUUUUUCACCGAGGAAAGCUUCAAUAUAUUCAACAACUUUAUCACGUUUGAAGAGCGAUUCCUCAAGCGUUUGGAGGACCAUGAUGCUGCGGCUAACAGUACAGGAGUUGAGGGUGUCGACGGUAGCAAUGGGUCUAAGGUGCCUGAGGUAAAACCAGAAUCUACCACGUUGGCACCAGGUGACAAGGAAGCUGCCGGGAAGCAAGCAUCUUACAACAAGCUGUCGACAGACAACAGAAAAACAGAAAAACAAAACAGAUUUUCAACAGAAGAUGAAGCUCAGUCAAGACUCAAGCUUGCCUUACACAUUACCAAGGGGAGACUACCCCCACCCAGAAAGUCCUCUUUGUGUCACGAAGAUCAGAAACUGUACCUGACAUUGUACAGUAAAUAUGGUGGUCAUUCUCCAGCCGACCCAACAGAGGAGGAGAUCACAGAACUCAACAAACUUAAGGUGCUGCAGGCCGUGGUGAAGAAGGAACAGGAAGAAUACCACCAAUACUCCCUGUCACUGGCCACAGCUCUACAGGUUGAAUAUCACUACAUGGACGCUUCAGCUAGGAAGUACAUGGAGGCCCGACUAACGGCUCGACGUCGGGAAGUGGAGAUGUACCCUAGUCAUUACAACAUUGUGAGCAGCUUCUCCCUAAAGGGCGCUGGACAAGUUUCCCCCCUGACUUACAUCAAACCUCUCCUCCAGCUGGGUUCUGUACCGAAAAUGAUCAUUCCCACAGUCACAUACGAUGGAGGACAUCAACUUACCAUAGAUACUGCAGCUGUCAGGCAGGAAAAUCCCAUUAGGUCUAGCAAAGGAAAGGAGGCCAACUGGAACCACGAGGCAUGCAGUAUGGAUGAGAAUGCUGAGGUUAUGGCGGUCCAACACCGGGCUCACAUAGUGAUAUCUCCGGGGGCCCUGAUGUGUCUGGUAGAUAACCACGCUCCUGAUUACAGUAGGGGCUGGGAACUGCCCUUUUCCGUUAAGGAGUAUGAUGUUAUAGAGGGUGACAAGAAGGUGCGACACAGAAUAGUGUAUAUCGACAAAGCCUUCGCAUCUACUAAUGUUAUGGAGCGAGCCAAGAAUACGAAGUUUUACAAGUUACUACUUCGCAACAUUUUCUGUCGCCAUAACUCAAAGGACCAGAGUUUGGAUCAGAGCUCUGGUGUGGAUGCAGCGUCGAAAAAAACAGAGGAUAAAAGAUCAAAAGGGGAGGGAAAAGAAUCGACAGACAAACAAGCUCCUGUCUCACAGCUGGGAGACAUCUUUGAUAUUGGCAAAGCUUCCAUGGAAGAAGUGGAAACUUUCGGAACUUCAAGCUUUGAAUCUUUUAAAACCAAAAAGAAAAGUGAGACGAGUAAUACUCUAGGCAGUGAGAAUAAAACAUUUGGAGCAAGUGGAAAUUCAGCUAAAAUAGAUAAAAUAGGGAAAGCUAAUCCGUCGUCUAGGAAAGUGAAACGAGAUUCUUUCAACAUAUUUAGUGAUGAAACUGUAGAGGAUAUUGAAACGUUCGGACUCAAUAUUUCCAGGGAGAAAUCUACAAAGAAAAUGUCCAGUUCUAAAGUGAAAAACAAGGAGAUUGGACAAAUUUCUGAAAACAACAUUGUCAUUGAAACUUCUGCGACAUUGUCUAAAGCGACAGCGCCAUCAUCAACUGUUAGUUCAGAUGUUAAACAGACGCCAUCCUCACCAGUUUCACAGACACUAUCCACUUCCACUACCGUGGUUACGGGAUCCACAUCAGCUGGUUCUGAUUGUAUAAGUUCUAAUACAGAUACUCCACUCAGCUCUGUUGGUAGGGAAACAGGUGAUCAUGUUGAUAUAGGAAAACUACAUACUGUUGAUAUGGGAAAACUACAUACACAUCAUGUUUCUAUGGAAACACCAACAGAAAGUCAUGUAUCUAUGGAUACACCAACAGACAAUAAUGUUACUAUCAAAACACAAACAAAUUCAAAUGUUACCAUAGAAACACCAGAAGAAGGUGAUGUUACCAUGGAAACACAACCAGAAUCUAAUGUUACUGUGGAAAAAUCAACAGAAGGUGAUGUUAUCAUGGAAACCCCAACAGUAAGUCAUGUUGCUAUGGAAAUGCCAACAGAAAGUCAUGUUGCUAUGGAAACACCAACAGAAAGUUGUGUUGCUAUGGAAACACCAACAGAAAGUUGUGUUGCCAUAAAAACACCAACAGAAAGUCAUGCUGCCAUAGAAACACCUACAGAAAGUUGUGUUGCCAUAAAAACACCAACAGAAAGUCAUGUUACUAUGGAAACACAUACAGAAAGUCAUGCUGCCAAAGAAACACUUACAGAAAGUCAUGUUGCCAUAGAAACACCUACAGAAAGUCAUGUUACUAUGGAAACACAUACAGAAAGUCAUGCUGCCAUAGAAACACCUACAGAAAGUCAUGUUACAAUGGAAACGCAGCCAGAAUGUCAUGUUACUAUGGAAACGCAUACAGAAAGUCAUGCUGCCAUAGAAACACCUACAGAAAGUCAUGUUGCCAUAGAAACACCUACAGAAAGUCAUGUUACUAUGGAAACCCAGCCAGAAUGUCAUGUUCCCUGGGAAAAACCAACAGAAAGUGAUGUUUCUAUGGAAACAUUAGAAAAUAAUGUUAAAGUAGAAACAGGAGAUAGUCAUCUGAGUGAUAAAAUGUGUGUUAGGACUAAUGGCCGCCAGGGAUUGAAGGAAAUGCCAUAUGCUCUUAUUCCAAUAGACUUGCCUGCUGGUGCUACAGCUCAAGGUACACAGGGGAAUAGUGUUGCUAUGGAUGCAAACUCAAACCCUACUGAUAAAACUGAACAUGAGGUAAUUAUGGAUGCCCCAGCCAGUCCUGUUUCCACGGAAACACCUUCUAGUCCGUGCAUCACAGACUCUGCCUCAAGUCCAUCAGAAGGAACGCUCGGCCCCAAAAUAAUCCCUUUGAGUGUUGAAAAACUAGCUCCUGAAUCGUUUCACUCUCCAGACUUCAAAAGUUGUGUCCUGAUUCCAUUGGAGGGAGAAGGCAACAUCAACGAAAACAUCGUCAUGGACCACACUCAAGGGAACAAUGAGGAGACGGUCAGUAAAGGAACUGUCAUUGUUUCUCCACCUCUGCCACAACGACGAAGUAAGGUUCGCAGGUCUACAACUGCUCUUGUUGUCAGUGACCUUGACAGUGACGAUGAUGAGAAACUUCUGAUAGAUGUGUCCCCUAUUAAGGACAGUGAGAGUGAGAAAGCAGACGGACAUUCUACGAAACCGAGUCAAGUCAUCAAAUCAAAGUCACAAUCAAACAACAACGAUUGUGGAAAGGCAUUGGGAAAAAAGGGUUCAUUUUAUGAAAAAAAUACUAACAAAGAUGGCAGCGGAUCGACAAGGGUCACACGAUCUAGACAAUCACUUGAUACAAUAAUGGCACAAAUGAAAAGCUCAUCGUCAGUGAUUGAUAAACCACAGAGGAAGAAAGGUGACAAAAUGUCUAAAAAGAUGGAUAGAAAUGAAAGUAACAAUUCCAAUUGUGAAUCAAGGAAUGUCAUAGAGAGAUGUACAAGGUCAACGUCACUGAGUGAGACAAGUAGGUCAUCAUCAGAGGUCAAACCUGUUGAGGUGAAAUCGGAAUUUAUCUCUUGUGAUCAAACUUUACAAACAAGUAGCAAAGCAAAAAGUUCUGUACCAGAAAGUGACUCGGAUUCCUGUUUCUCUAUGGAUGUGUCUGAUGUGGAUGUCAAAGAUCGAGGUUCAAAGGUCAAAAGAAGGUCAUCCAGACUUUCCACGGGUAGUAGCUCUUGUAGCUUGGAGGUCAAGAGCAGUGAUAGGACUGUAAAAGCAUGCUCAAAGGUCAUGGCCUCUGACAUUAUUACAAACAUCUGUCAUGAUGUGAAGAGUGAGGAAACUGAAGUACAGCCUGUUGUGGUAAGGAAAAGAGGGCGUCCUAGAAAAAUACUGUCAGCUCCACCUUUAGGCUCAUCGACUCAUCUAGAAGAACCAAGACCCAGACAAGAUCCUGCAGACACGGAAGCUACUAGUGUUGAAGAAGACAAUAUAGGCAAUCCCAUCCCGGUGAAGAGGAAGAGAGGCAGACCUCCCAAACAAAAAGUCGGUGUAGCAGACAAACCUGUAGAGACAGAGUUAAAACAGAUUGAUGAUACUGGAAUGGACAACAGAUCAAAAGUAGGACAGACAGGUUCAGAGGUCAAGGCAUUGGCAGCCAAAUCUACUCAAAAGACAGCUUCAGCAGAAACACAUGUCAGCAGGGUAAAACCAAGACUGGUGGCAACUCUGACACCAAGGGCAGAAGAUAUGGUUGCAAAGCAAACCAAUACAAAGAAAAAGGAUUCUGGUCCAAGGUCAGGCUCGAAGAAAUUGAGUACCCCAGUCAGCACCUUUGAUUCAAUUCUACAAGGCAUGCAAAAUAUGUUACACGCACCAGAUCAAAAGGUCUCAGGUAGCCAGUGUCCUGGGCCGUCAGACGUAUCCAACACGUCUACAUUAAUGAAACAGCCAGAUGGUCAGUCCAAUGUCUCCUAUCACCUGUGGUCACUUGGUGGUUUCCAGGUAGUGGUCAGAUGUGGUUACCACGGUACUAUCCGGGACGAUGUGCAGAAGUUGUCGAAGGUACAUCUCUGUACAAAGAUGGAAUACCAGUCGUCGGAGGGACUGGAACAGGUCACUACCAGUGAAACGUGUCGCUCCUGGAUUUCCGGAUAUAUCCGGCCUCAAUGUAAACUACUCAGAGCUCGUAUCAAUCCACUCAAGUCGGAGCUGAUCGCCCUGGAGGAACUUGGCUUAAGCCAGCUGAUUGGGUCACAGCAAACAUUUAGACCUGGGGAUGCCUUUCUGAUGCUCCAAAACGUAUUCCACAAGCUGCAUCUACAGCCCCCUGGCCAGUACCUACUCCACCAUGGAGCAGGAGACAGAAACUGUAACAUCAAAAAAUGUACGGACAUGAAAAAACGAGGAUCUUAUGACCUCCAUUUUCAACACUUUGGGUUUAUGACAACAAAUACGCCCAACAGCAGCGUACCCUGGCUACCUAUAGACCCGUCCGUCAUUCUGCCAAGUCACAUGACCAAAGGAAGAGUACCUGCCACAUUUGAACCUGCAGACUAUACGGCAUGGAUCCCUCCCAAAAACAACAAGGGAAAGAAGAAGAAGAAACAAACAAAACCAAAACAGAGAGUGUAGAACACAAUGUGUCACCGAGUCAGUUGUGUGCAAUAUUUACCUAUAACGUCCGUAUAUCUACUGGUAAACCACCAGCCUCAAUACUCCAGGAGUUACGCUCACUUUCACUCUUUCCAGUCCUGAAACAUGUCAUAGCAAAAUCACAGGCUCGGUGUGUACCAACUUGUGGAUGAGACAAGAAGACAAGAUAGGUCCUUUGAUGUACACCAGAAGAACCUCGCAGUCGCCUAACUGUAAAAUUUACUAGCUCUGAAGUUGGGUGUCGCUCAUCUGUAAUCUUCAAAAGACAGCUGGUAUCAGCUCUAUAUAGCGAUUGGUCAAGAUUUUUUUUUUAACCAAACCAAUCAAAUAGCUAGGGACACUGAGCCUUCAAUUUUGCUACAGCAUAUUUCAGGGGUGCAGAGAGUGAAAGUGAGGCUAACUCCUGGAGUAUUGAAGAAGGCUUUAGACACUGUGAUCCACAGUCCUGUGGUAGUUAUGUACUUGGUGUAACCAGAGACGGAUGCUGGAGUAUUCUUAUACAGACUACGUAACAGUUUACUUUAUUUAAUUUACAUCUUCUGGAUGGCUAAGCUAAUGAUAAUUAUUAUUGUUCUGAAGAGCACCAAGAUGGAAGAAAGCGCUAGCGAAUUAUAGUGGUGUUUUAUUUUUCAUAUGUAUACACAAAUAUACAGUAAAACCUUGUUAUACUGCCACCAUUUGUCCGGAGAAACUUUGGCAUUAUGUAGGGGUUUGGUGAUAAAUUGAGGGAAAUGUGUAAAGGAAUCCUGAAGAAAACAAGAAAAAAGGGGCAUUAUAAUAUGUUGGCGAUAAAAGAGGUGGCAAAUGAAAAGAGGGGCAUUAUAUGGAGGUUUUACUGUACAAAGGAAGGAAUCUGAAUAAAUAGUCACAAUAUUUGAA